AUGUCGUGUUGUUCUAUUCGAUGGUGUGGAAAAAACAGCAAGACAUCGAAUUAUAAAACAGACGGAAUCACGUUUCAUCGGUUUGCUAAGGAUCCGAAUCUUAAAGAACAAUGGAUAGAUUGUGCAAAAAGGGAAACUGGUUUCCAAGUAAUUAUAGUGUCAUUUGCUCCAGACAUUUUACAGAAGAUUGUUUUUAUACAUCAAAAAGUCGCCGCCGUUUGUUUGAUACCGCAAUUCCUACACUAA